AUAAAAUAGACUUUUAUUAAAAAUUAAUAUUUAAAAUUAAGCCGAAAGAGUUUGUCAUAUAUUUUAUUUAUCAUAAGUCUAUACAGUUUUUUGCAACCGUUUUGGUUUAUUUUUCUUCUUUGAUUUGUUUUUUUUCUGAAACAAAAUAUUGCAUACAUUUGAAUAUUUAUAAGAAUCUCAAAACAAUUUUUUAUGAAAAAUAUAGUUUGCUAAUUAGAAAUAAAUAAAGGAAAGUAGAUACUCUUAUCUGUGUAUACUAUAUGCGUAUAUUUACCUUUUGUAGACGUUUGGCAAUUUGUAUAAUAUCUUUUGAUUGAUUGUGGAAUUUUGAAAAGUCAGUGUUUUGAUAGUUGUGUGGCUUAAAAUUGCUAUUUUUCAUUUGGUUGGUUUGUUGAAUUUUGUUUGAUGGGUUUUGUUUACUUGAACUCUGCUGAGGAGCAUCUACUUUUUUCACUUUAACUUCUGGGAUAUCUUUUUUUACUUUAACUUCUGUGAUAUUUUUUUUUACUUUAACUUCUGGAAUAUCUUUUUUUACUUUAACUUCGGUGAUAUUUUUUUUUACUUUAACUUCUGGAAUAUCUUUUUUUACUUUAACUUCUGGGAUAUCUUUUUUUACUUUAACUUCUGGGAUAUUUUUUUUUACUUUAACUUCUGGGAUAUCUUCUUUUACUUUAACUUCCGGGAUUUCUUUUGUUUCAAUUGUUAGGUCCACUGUUUCCAUUUGUGUUUCAUUUUUCUAGAGGAACAGAUUAAAAAGUUUUCAAUAAUUCAAUAUAUUAUGUAAUUAAUUUAACAUGAAAACAGUCAACUAGUGAAAUAACAAAUUUUAAGGGACUGAGAAAAAAGUUCAAUAUAGUGAAAGUUCAUAACAUCAAAAUCUGUUAUUUCAGGAAUGUGAACUAACAAAAUUUGUUUUAACAAGGUUUAAAAUUUAAACCAACACACUACAAAUACAUAUUUAUUUUCAUUUAAUAAUAUUUACAUACAUAUAAAUAUAUACAUAGUAAAAUCGCAAUAUGUACAAAAUUUGACUUGUUUCCAAGUGAGCCAUCGCCUUUGGUUUUUGACACAACAACGAAACUAAAUGAUAAUGUGUCAAAAACCAACAAACAAAAAAAUUAAAACCAAGUUAAUUAAUGUCUGUUUUACCAAUGAAGCACCAAACUAUUCUUAAAUCAAUGAAGAAUAUCAAUUAAGGACAUGAAAAAUCAGAAAAAUAGGCAUUUAUUACAUUUUAUUAGUUUUAUUUCAUUAGUUUGUAAUUAAAUAAAUAAUCAAAUGCAAAACAUACUUGUGGUAUUAAAAACAGUAUGUCUGAACAUGACAUCGGAACACUAGGAACUGAAAUUUGUGGAUUAUUGUCAAUUUUAAUUUUUUCUUCUUGAGAUUUCUUAAGAACAUUUUUAUAUUUAAUUGUUUUCAAAUACAAUUCAUAUGGUUGUUUAUAAAUAAUUUUUGUUAGACCAAUACACUUUCUAGAUUUUUUGGUCACUUCCUAUAUUGAAUAAAUUAUAUAACAAUACAUAUUAAUAAAUAAAAUAAAACAAAUUAAGGUUUCUACUUAUAUUUAAACUUUUUAAACACGCACUUUAAAUAUUGUGAUUUCCUGUGGUUUUAUAUAAACACUUUUAUAUUCUUCGUUAACUGAUUUAUUUAAAUCAUUUAACAAUGUAGGCAGUUCAUUUUCAUUUUUUAAUUUAGAAUAAUCAUGUAAACUAAUCAAGUCUACAUCUAUAUGUUUGACUUCUUGUGUAAAACUAUUUUCUUCAUACAAUUUGUCCGACUAAAACAAAAAUUAUAAUUUCACAAACCACAGUUGAAAUUUAAUACAAAAUUACAAAUAUAGCUAACAUUUUCAAAUGUUUGUUCCCUUGCAGUCUUAAUAAUACGAUGGAUUUCAUGUAGACAUUGUCGUACUAGCGGUGGGAUUGGUGCACAACAAGCCAAUAUGCCGGAAGAUUCUUUUGGUAGCAUUUCUGAUAUCUUAAUCAGCAUGUGGUUUGGAAGAAUGUAUCUACCAUUUAAAAUACAUAAUAGAAGUUUAACAAACGAUCAUUUAAUAAAUGAUGUAAUUUUUUAAAUUUUACCCAAUACUCUCAUCUAAUUCCCGUGCUAAUUUAUCUCUCCAAAUGUAUAAAUGUUGGAGUGCAUACAUUUGUUGAAUAUCAAACAUCUUUUUACUUCGUUUGUACAUUUUUAAAUGAUUACUAUCUUGUAAAGAAUUCACUUCGUACCUCUAAAAUUUAAUUUUAAAUUAAAUACAAGAACUACAAUAGCUAAUAUUAAUAGUACACUAUAUAUUAUAAAUAAAAUAAUCUAUUUACAAUUUUACACAGAUCAGUGCUUCGUUGAAAUACUAAUUCAAUAAAGUUGCACUGUUUUGUAGACAUUGCCAUAAGGUCUUUUUUUAUCAUGUCAUAUAUAUAAAGUAAAUAGUGUGUAUCACAUCGAGCAUAAUAUAUAGCUUCACUUGAUAAUGGUCUGAAAAAAAUAAAAUAACAAUAAUCAAUUCUCUAAAAAAUGUUAACUUUUAGGUUUUCAAAAAUGAAUUUCUAAAGUAGACAAAUUUAGCAUAUUUAUAUAACAUUAAAAAAAAAUACUAAAUAAAUGUAGAAAAAAAUAAUAAAUAGAAUAAAUUUAUAAAUUAAUUAUACCUUGUUCUCCAAUCAUACAAUUGAAAUGAUUUAUCAGCAUCUAAAUUACAAUAAUGUUUCAAUAAGAACUCUAAUGAUUUUCUAGAGAAGUUCAAUAUGAUGGCAGCUUGAUGUGUAUCAAACAUAUUAACAACAUAAAGACCCAAAUCUCUUUGCAACCAAAGGAUAUCACUAUCUGCACCAUGGAAUACCUAAAUAAAAUCACUCAUAUGACAAAAUAGUAACUAAUUGUUUAGUUAUAAUAUUUACUUUGACUACAGCAGAAUCGGUGAAUAUUUCAUUAAGCACUUGCAUUUUAUCUCGUAAUUCUAAUGUAUCUAUAAUAUAAUCUGCAUUUCUAGUAGAAAUUUGCAUUAAGCAAGUUAUUCCUUGAUAUGUACGAUAGCUGUGUGCCUAUUUUUAAAUGAAAAUAUUAAUAUUGAGUACUAAAGAUUAUGGUGAAAAAAUUAUCUUACCUCCAAAUCAAUAGCUAAUUCACGAGCACUUCGAAGAUCUGAAAUCAUCAAAUCAAAUUGUUCCAUGUUGUAUACUUCAAAAAAUUUUGUAUCUUCAAAGGAAGCAGGUUCCGUGGCUGGUACAACUUUUAAAUGUUCUUCUGGAAUUUUUAACUGGUCUAAUUCAUAUUGAUACGGAUUUUUAUAACUAAACCAUAAUUUAUUCUAUUUUAGUAAGUGUUUUUAAAAACAAAUUAAAUAAAUAUUAUCUUAAUUCUCGAAAUUUAGUGAUAAUUAUGGUCCAGAAUUACAUUCUCUUAAAAUGUCUAAAAUAUGAUGCCAAUAUUCUCAAAAAUAAUCAAUGUACACCAAUAUAUGCUUUAUAAUACUUGUGUAGUUUUUUAAAUUUUUUAAUUUAUCAAAAUGAUAAAAAACUACAUUUAUUUAUAAUAGUUGUUAAAUGAUUUGAAAAGUAUUUUUUUUCAGGUACAUCAAAAAUAUUUCCAUCUAAAUAUACUAAAUAUUUGCUAAUCCCUAAAAUAUGAAAAAAAAAACUUUUUCCUGUGAACUAUAUGUUGAGCGAAUUGUCCACGUUUUUUUACUCAUAUAAGACUGCAUAUACUCAAGUCACAAUAUGUAAAACCAUAAAAAUAUGUACUCUAAUAAUAAUAUAUACACUUAAAUUGAAAGUAUUAACUUACAACAUUACUCCAUCUUCAUUUGUUUCUAAACACAAAUCUAAUGGAAUUUUACUAUUUGGUUUAUAUUUUAGAAGAGGUUUAAAUGGAACAGGUCUAUUGUCAACUUUGGUCUUGAAUUUUAAUUGUGGUCUUUCAAUAUUACGUGAAUGUAUUAAUAUUAUUUUUUUAUUGGCCUCUUGUGGCGUUUCUUUAGAAUCUGAUAUAAUGGUUUUGUUUGUGAUGGAUAAGUUAUCAUUUUUGAAAUUACCAUUGAGUGUGUCAAUAUUGUGAUUCUAAAAAAUACAAAUGUUUAAUAAUUAAUGGUAUAACUAAAGAAUAAAAAAUGUAUUCACUGUACCACUCGGUCUAAUAUUGUGUCAUUUCCUUCUUCGAUAAGUUCGAAUUGACGAUCAGCAUCUCUAUUUCUAAUAUUAUCAUGAAUUUUUUGAUUUUUCAACACUGCAGAUAUUCUUUAAAAAAAAAAAAAAUUAUUAUAAUUUAUUAUCAAUAUUAAACAGUAAAGGCCAUUUAAAACAUACAAUUUAAGAAUAUGAUUUUGACGUUGUGAUACAACAUUCUGAAAUUUAGGAUAACUGCUAUAAAAAUUCCAAUCUACUCCAGUAGGCAAACUAUUGGAAGCCCGAGUACCUUCAGUAAUAAUUUUAAAAUCAUUCUGCGAACAUAAUAAAUGAAUACAUUAAUAAAUCUAAAUCUAUAAAAUCUAUAAAAGAAUUUAUAAAUUCUUCAGACAUACAUAAAUAUAUAUCGAUUAAACAAGAUAGUUACAUUGUACAUUAUAUAAUAAACAUUUUUAAUACAUUAGGUAAAUGUUUAAAAACUAAUUAAAUAUACUAUCUACCUAAGUAUUAAAUAGGAAUUUAAUUUUAAUGAAAGACAUUGUAUAGUUAAAACUAAUAAAUUAUAUGUACUUUUUUCUACUUGCAAGUUAAAUGUGAAACCUCAACUAUGGAGCGAUGCUGAGUUGUUUAUCCAUGUAUCAAAAACUUGGUAAAAUUUUUAUUUACAUAUUAUGUUUCAUGUAUCUAUUAUACAUAUUUCUAAUAACGAGGGACAGUCGGUGAUUGUCAAAAACCAAAAGCUAAUGGAUAUGGUCAGUUCAAAAUCAAGCAAUACAAGUUCAAGUCUGCAACACUUUGUUAUUUAUACCCCUCCAAGAGUUCUUCACUGCCAUUGACGGAACAAUUUUAAUUUAUUAACCCGAGCUCAUUUUCAAUUUUUUUUUUUUCUCAAAAUGUGUGUUUUUGCCUAUACAUUAAGAAUCUAAAAAAAAAAAAGUUGGACGAACUUCAUUAGGAAGUCACGGGGGAAAACUUCAUGAAAUUUUCCUAUUCACAUAUUUCUUAAUGAGAAUUUAACAUUUUUAAAUUUUUAUUUUCCCUCCCCCCAAAAUGUGUGAUUUUUAAUCAUGCUUAAUCCAUUAGUAUAAUAAAAACUUACCUAUUAUAUUUACUUUUAUAGUUAUUGUACAUAACCCUUUAAAAAUAUCAUUUUUUUAAUUAAUCCAACAUGUGGUCGAAAAUAGACACUAUUUUAUUAUUAUUAUAAUUUGCAGUCAUUGAUAUUUUGAUAACAAAGUUUUUUUUAUUGAAGUCAGAAUAGGUAAAUAAAUCUUAGAUUUACAGUUACAAACGUUCAAACACACUGUUUCGCUGCGCUCACUCGGUCAAUUUUAAUUAAAAACAACCCUAGAUUUGUUAUUCAAAAUUACGUCGGGUAAGUAACAGUUUAAUGUGAGAAAUCAUUAUAGGCGGAACUAGAGAUUUGGCGGGGUCGGCAGAAUUAAAGAUCGCACAUUUUGGAAAAAAAAAAAAUUUGAAAAUUUUAAAUUCUCACCAAAAAAUACGCAAAACAAAAAACUCGAACUUUAUGAAGUUUUCCCUUAAAACUUCCAAACGAAAUUCGUAGGAUUUUUAUUUUAUUAUUCUUAAUGUACAGGCAAAAACACACAUUUAGAAAAAAAAAAAAUUGAAAAACGAGUUUGGAUCGUAAACUAGAUUUAUACCCCACUGACUGUUUAUUAGAAUACAAUAUGGAAUACUUUGGUCAAUAUGAAACUUUGUAAUAACUAUCUAAGUAAGCAUGCAUUUUUAGUUUUCAUUCACGUUAAUACGAAUUUCUAGUGUAUCAAUUCAGAGUUUACAACUUGCAUUAGUAUUGAUUUUUAAAACAAAAAUCAAAAAUUCAUCAAUACUAAUCAACACGUGUUAUUUUAAUAUCAAAAAUACUACUUAAUAAUUCGUAUUUACUCACCAUAGUACAUUAAUUUCCGAUUUUCAAAUUGCAUAAAUUUAUUUUAAACGCUAGUCAAAUAAUUAUAAUGUUUACGUUAUAUUAAUAUCAUUGAGUACAAGUAAAAAAAAAAAAAUAAUAAACACAAUAAUAUAAAGAAAAUUAAAACGUAAAAUCCUUAUCAAUAAAAUAGGUUACCGAUGAAUUAAUAUCAAGUUACCGAACCAGUCGCGUACCAGUGUGACUGGAUAUGCGGAGAUAAUAAGGAAAUGUACGGUAACACGGUAAUAAUAUUAUUGUACAGUGUGUGUGUUUACUUUUCGGAUUCAAUUUUCGGACGCGGCGAGUAAAUAUUAAACCGACUGUCAGAAGAACAUAUCCCCAUUAGUUAUUACGUAAUUCACACCGAUAACCCGCAUCACCGAUCUGACUCGACCACAACGCGCCAUGACAAUUUUUUUUUAUACUCUCCGCGUAUUUUUUUUCUUAUAAAAUCAUUCAAUCGUUUCCCCGUCUCCAUGUGACCGAAAUAAUCCGCGACGAUUGUUCACUUGCCACGGAGUCCGAGGGUUUUGGUCUGGGAAUUCCGUUUUCGUGCGAGAAAAAUGUCGUUGCGACGUUACACUCUGAAGGGUUUCGAUUUCGCGACGCGUACAGCGCUUUGACGUUCGCUUGACAUUCUAAGUUCGCGGCAGUUGUAUCAGACGCGAUCGGUUUUGUCACCGCGGAGGUGUUACACAAUUAUUUACAAUUCGCUGGACGUUUUCAUCAACGGACGGUUCAUUCGCGACGCGCGCGCCGGUUAUAAAGUUAUCUAAAAAAAAUUUAUUACGGCCUAGCCGUUAUUUGUUUUUGUUUUGGUAUUUUUUCUUUUUUUUUUUUUUUUUUUUUUGUCGCGUUCACCGGUACUCCACGGUACACCAUACCGACACACACGGCGCACGGUUUCGUUCGAGGCGUUGACGCAGUGACGUCAUUUUAUUUCGUUUCGUACGCACCGUAUUGGCCGUCCGUGUUUCCGCGGCUCUCCCGCUCGUUAGCAGUUCGUAACCGCCUAACCCCUUUCGCGCCCGUUGUCCGACGACGACGCUGCCCCGAUCGUUUUUAUCAUCAAAACCGAUUAGACUGCGGUGCGGUUCACUCCAUUCCGUACCAGCGCUCACGACUCGAACGAUUGUUGUUCGUCGUCGCCGUCGUCGUCCACCGUCCGUCCCGAAACUCCGCCGGGCCCGUUUCCGUGCCGCACGGUUUUCACGGUCAUACCGAAUAAAUACGAUGUCGAUGGCGUCGGCCGUGAACAGACUGGGUCUCCGAGGCGUCGCCGCCGCCCGUUGCCCGGCCCAAAUCUGGAAUUCCAUAGCCGCCCGUCGGAGCGGACCGAGCAAUACGUAUUUCACGUACACGCCGCAGGUCUCCCAGGUCUUGGACCGCGAGCCGAAGUGGGUGAACGCCGACGAGGCCGUCCAAUGCAUUAAAUCCGGUGGGUAAUUCAUAUUUCGUACGAUUAGCCGGUUGUUGACGCUUGUAUUUAUAGAACCGAAGGUCGUCC